AUGGAGUACUACAAUUUAGCUUUCUUCUAUACAAUUUUGGCAGUAGGGAUUCUAACUCUUUAUAGUUUACUAAAGAGAGCAAAUGGAUGGUAUUAUUCAAUAAAAUUUAGUUCGAAGAAAUAUAUCAUACCUCCAGGUGAAAUGGGCUGGCCAUUUAUUGGAAAUACUUUUUUUUUCUUCAGUUUUGCUGGCGAUCAUGGCUCAUUUCUAUCCUACUUUUCUACUAGGUUUGGGCCAGGAGGGAUGUACAAGGCACACAUAUUUGGAAAGCCAAGCAUUAUCAUUACAAAGCCAGAAACAAUUAGGAAAAUCCUGAUGGAUGAAGAAAAUAUUGACAGAGGUAUGCCUGAAUAUAUAUCAAAGCUAGCUGGAAUAACAAAUUCAAUCGAAGAAGACAAGCGAAUUCGUCGAUCAAUAGCUCCGAUAAAGAGUCACGGAUUAUUAUCCGACUAUUUUGAUUGUAUAAACGAUGUUGUGAGAACUACAUUCGACAAAUACGCUGCUACGGAGGAAUCUUUUGAGUUCCUCACUGAGAUGAGAAAACCUACAUUUGAGGUUUUUAUGAGAAUUCUUAUAGGUGGUGAGGUUGCUAAAGAAUUGUUUGAUGCUGUGUUCAAGGAGAAUAAUUUGCUAAUGAGUGGUGCUCACAGCUUGCCCAUUAAUAUCCCUGGAUUUGCUUACAAUAAGGCAAUCAAGGCUCGAAGAGAACUAGUUAAGAUAUUUCAACAAAUAUUAGAAGAAAGAAAAGCCAUGAUUGCAAAGGAUAAAGCAAUGCUAAAGUCCAACAUAAUUGAUAUGAUGUUAGACACUCAAGAUGACGAUGAUAAUGAAGGAAAAGGAUUAAGCGAUGAGAAGAUCAUUAACAUGCUAAUUUUUGCUUCAUUUGGUGGUUAUGAACCUGUUGCUCUAAUGGCAACAAAGGCAAUUAUGCAUUUGGAAAAACAUCCUGACUUCUUACAUAAAGCAAAAGAGGAACAAGAGGAUAUAAUCCAGAGAAGACCGUCUUCAAAUGCUGGCCUUAAUUUUGACGAGAUUAGACAAAUGAAGUAUCUUAGUAAGGUAAUUAAUGAAACACUCCGUAUUGCUAGCAGCAAGACAAUAUUCCUUAAAGACACAAAUACUCCUUAUAACAUAAAUGGGUACACUAUACCUAAGGGGUGGAAAUUUUUUGCAUUGUUAUGGAGUAUUCGUAUGGAUCCUGAUAUUUAUGCCAAACCUGAGGAAUUUAAUCCUUCAAGAUGGGAUGAUCUUGAAACCAAGCCAGGCUGCUUUCUUCCUUUUUCAAUAGGCCCUAGAAUGUGCCCAGGAUCCAAUUUGGCCAGGCUUCAGAUUUCAGUAAUUCUUCAUUAUUUUCUUCUUUACUACAGGCUUGAGCAGCUUAAUCCAGAUAUCAAAACUGAUCCUCCUGAAAAUUGCCUUGUGAGAUUCAAGAAGAUCUCAGCCUAG